CAUGGUGACAUCUCCCACAAUGACGUCUCCUAUGGUGGUGACAUCUCCUAUGGUGGUGGCAUCUCCCAGAAGCGUGACAUCUCCCAUGGUGGUGGCAUCUCCCAUGAUGGCAUCUUCUAUAGUGGUGGCAUCUCCCAUGACAGUGUCUCCCACAGUGGUGGCAUCUUCUAUGGUGGUGGCAUCUCCCAUGACGAUGUCUCCUAUAGUGGUGGCAUCUCCCAGAAGAAUGGCAUCUCCCACGGUGGUGGCUUCUUCCAAAACAACGUCUCCCACAGUGGUGGCAUCUCCCACGGUGGUGACAUCUCCCACAACAUCGUCUCCCAUGGUGGUGGCAUCUCCCAUGACAGUGUUUCCCAUGGUGGUGGCAUCUCCCAGAAGAGUGAUAUCUCCCACAGUGGUGGCAUUUCCCACAACAAUGUCUCCCACAGUGGUGGCAUCUCUCAUGAUGGAGUCUCCUAUAGUGGUGGCAUCUGCUAUGGUGGUGGCAUCUCCCAUGACAGUGUCUCCCAUGGUGGUGGCAUCUCCCAGAAGAGUGACAUCUCCCACAGUGGUGGCAUCUCCCACGAUGGAGUCUCCUAUAGUGGUGGCAUCUCCUAUGGUGGUGGCAUCUCCCAGAAGAGUGAUAUCUCCCACAGUGGUGGCAUUUCCCACAACGAUGUCUCCCACAGUGGUGGCAUCUCCCACAGCGGUGGCAUUUCCCACAAUGACGUCUCCCAUUGUUGUGGCGUCUCCCACCGUGGUGGCAUCUCCCGUGACAGCACCUCCCCUGGUGGUGGCACCUCCCUUAACGCCAUCUCCCAGGCUGGUGGCAUCUCCCACACCGGCAGCACAUCCCACGGUGGUGGCACCUCCCACAUCCACGGUGUCACCCAAACCGGCGUCACCUCCCACCGUGGUGGCACCCCCCAGACGGUCGUCCCCUCCUGCCACGGUGCCAUCUCCACCAGCUUCCUCCUCCGCCUCUCCCACCACCCCCGGUGGCCCCCCCACCUCCUCCUGCUCCUGCUCCUCCUCCUCCUCCUGCGCCCGUCCCCAGCGCACGGGGCCACCUUCAAGGUGGGGGUGAUGGGUCCCUGGACCUGCGACCCCGUCCUGGCCCGAGCGCUGCCGGAGGUGGCCUCCCGCUUGGCCGUGGCCCGUCUCAACCGCGACCCGGCGCUCAACCAAGGCUACUGGUGGGACGCGGUGGUGCUGAGCGAGGCGUGCCGGACCCCCCAGGCGGUGGCGGGGCUGCUCAGCGCCGAGCGCUACGCCACGGGGCUGGUGGGACCCCUCAGCCCGGCCACCUGCGGCGCCGCCGGGCUCCUGGCGGCUGCCUGGAACAAGCCCCUGGUCUCCUGGGCCUGCCUGGGCGAGGCGGAGGGCGCGGACACCCUGGUGACCCCCCUGCCCGAGCCCGCAGGGGUCCUCCACGCCGUCCUCCGCUUCUUCCGCUGGGCCCACGUGGCCGUGGUGUCGGCACCCGGGGACCUGUGGCGGGAGGUGGGGCAGGGGCUGGCCCAGGAGCUGCGGGCACGUGGGCUGCCCGUCACAGUCGUCACCACCACCGGCGCCCGCGGAGAGGAGGCCCGCGAGGCUCUGAGGAGGGUGAAGAGGGCCGACGGCGUCAGAGUGGUGGUGAUGUGCAUGCACUCGGUGCUGCUGGGCGGCGAGGAGCAGCGGGUCCUCCUGGAGGAGGUGGAGGAGAUGGGCAUGGCCGACGGCACCUACGUCUUCAUCCCCUACGACGCCCUGACCUUCCCCCUGCCCUACCGGCGCCUGCCCUACCCCGUCCUGGCCAACAACACCAAGCUGCGCCUGGCCUACGACGCCGUCCUCACCGUCACCAUCGACUCGCCCCACCUCACCUUCCACGAGGCCCUGCAGCAGGCCAAGGAGGCCUACGAGAUCCCCGCGCACAUCGACCCCACUGAGGUCCACCCCCUCUUUGCCACCAUCUACAACUCCAUCUACUUCUUGGCCAAGGCGGUGGAGGCCACACGGCAAACGGGCCGUUGGGUGAUGGGCACCAGCGUGGCCGAGAACGCCCGCGGGUUCCAGCUGGAGGGCUUCUGCCAACCCUUCUCCGUCACCGAGGACGGGGACGUCACCGUCCCCUACGUGGUGUUGGACACGGACAACAAAGGGGACAAGUUGUGGCCCGUCUACGGCCUGGAGCCGGGCACGCGGGGUUUGAGCUACCGUGGCCACAGUGUCCACUGGCCCCACAGCUCCAGCCCCGGCACCGAUGAUGGCUGUUGGUUUGACUCAGGCUCCAUCUGCAACGGGGGGAUGGACGCCACCUUCGUUCUCCUCAUGUUUGUCCUCAUCUCUGCCCUCAUCGCGGCGGGGGCUGCCCUCGCCUGCUUCAUCAGGCGCCGCAUCCAGCAGGCCCAGCUGAUGAAGGGCCCCAAUAAGAUCAUCCUCACCAUGGAGGACUUGACCUUCAUCAACACCCAGAGCAGCAAGCAGGUGGGUGGCAGCAACGCCAGCCUGGCCGGCUGUAGCGGGGGGGACGCCAAGAGUGUCAAGAGCGUGGUGGCAGCCCCCGACAACACCAACGUGGCCAUCGCCGAGGGAGCCGGUACCCAGAAGGCCACCAGCCACCUCCCCCUCCUCCUCCUUUUGUUUAACCAGCAGGGCCUUGUCGCCUCCGUGCAGGGCGACUGGGUCUGGCUGAAGAAGUUCCCUGGAGACCAGCACAGCGAGGUGAAACCGGCCACCAAGCUGGCCUUCUGCAAGCUGCGUGACCUGCGCCACGAGAACGUCAACCUCUUCUUGGGCUUCUUCCACGACUGCGGCAUCUUCGCCAUUGUCUCGGAGCACUGCUCCCGCGGUAGCCUGGAGGACCUGCUGCGCAACGAGGACAUGAAGCUCGACUGGAUGUUCAAGUCCUCCCUCCUCAUCGACCUCAUCAAGGGCAUGCGGUACCUGCACCACCGCGACGUGGUCCAUGGGCGCCUCAAGUCCCGUAACUGCGUGGUGGAUGGGCGCUUCGUGCUCAAGGUCACCGACCACGGCUACAACGAGCUGCUGGAGGCCCAGCGCAUCCCCUCCCCCACCCCCAAGCCACAGGAGCGCCUGUGGACGGCUCCGGAGCUGCUGCGGGACGCGGCCCUGGAGCGUCGCGGCUCCUUCCGAGGGGACGUCUACGGCAUCGGGAUCAUCAUGCAGGAGGUCAUCUGCCGCAGCGGCCCCUACUGCAUGCUGGGACUACCCCCUGAAGAGAUCAUCGAGAAGGUGAGGCGACCCCCCCCGCUGUGCCGCCCGGCGGUCUCGGCCGACCAGGCGCCGCUGGAGUGCAUCCACCUGAUGAAGGAGUGCUGGAACGAGCAGCCCGAGAGGCGGCCCACCAUCGACCAGAUCUUCGACCAGUUCAAGAGCAUCAACAAGGGCCGGAAGACCAACAUCAUCGACUCGAUGCUGCGCAUGCUGGAGCAGUACUCCAGCAACCUGGAGGACCUCAUCCGCGAGCGCACCGAGGAGCUGGAGAUCGAGAAGCAGAAGACGGACAAGCUCCUCACCCAGAUGUUGCCCCCGUCUGUGGCCGAGGCUCUGAAGAUGGGGACCCCUGUGGAGCCCGAGUACUUCGAGGAGGUGACGCUCUACUUCAGCGACAUCGUGGGCUUCACCACCAUCUCAGCCAUGAGCGAGCCCAUCGAGGUGGUUGACCUUCUCAACGACCUUUACACCCUCUUCGAUGCCAUCAUCGGCUCCCACGAUGUCUACAAGGUGGAGACCAUCGGGGAUGCCUACAUGGUGGCCUCGGGGCUGCCCAAGCGCAACGGGAACCGCCACGCCGGCGAGAUCGCCAACAUGUCGCUGGACAUCCUCAGCUCCGUCGGGACCUUCAAGAUGCGCCACAUGCCCGAGGUGCCCGUCCGCAUCCGCAUCGGCCUCCACUCGGGGCCCUGCGUGGCCGGCGUCGUGGGGCUCACCAUGCCGCGCUACUGCCUCUUCGGGGACACGGUCAACACAGCAUCACGCAUGGAGUCCACCGGCCUCCCGUACCGGAUCCACGUCAACGCCCGCACGGUGGCCAUCCUGCAGGCGCUGAAGGAGGGCUUCAAGCUGGACAUACGGGGCAAGACCGAACUCAAGGGCAAAGGCGUGGAGGACACGUACUGGCUGGUGGGACGCGAGGGCUUCACCAAACCCAUCCCCACCCCCCCCGACCUGCUGCCGGGGGCCAGCAACCACGGCAUCAGCCUGGAUGAGAUCCCGGCCGAGCGGCGCAAGAAGCUGGAGAAGGCCCGGCCGGGGCAGGUGCCCAAAUAGCCCUGGCACCGCCCAGAGCCAGCGGGAGGUGCCAGCCCCUCCCCCGCGGCCCCCACCCCCCACAGCAUCACGGGGCGGCGGCCGAAGGGCCCCGGUGCACGAUGGGAUGGCGGGAGACCCAGAGGGACGGAAUCGACACGGUGAUUGGCUGCCGCUGCAGGCCCCGCCCUUACUGCUGGGUGACGUCACAGGAAGUGGCCCCUCGUGGGGCACCACGCCCCUGGACUCUUAAAGGGGCAAAGACCCCCCCCAAAUCCGCAUCACCCUAAAAGGGGCGGGGCUUGCUUCUGGAAAGGGGCGGAGCCUCAGCCAGCCAAUAGCAGCGCAAGGACAGAGGACGCUCUUAAAGG